UAAUAAAUACGCGUGUGUUUUUGCUGAAAAUAAUUUUGAUAAACCGGAAGAGGACUGCACCAAUUAUUCUUUCUUCUAUUUUGAAAUUAAAGGUAAAAAAGAAGGAAAGAUUAAUGGUUACAACAAUUGAGGAUGGAGUAAUUGAAAAUGAAGAAGAGGAAGUAUUUCGACUUGAUAAUUUUUGUUGGAAAGAUGAGGAUAUUUUUGGAUGUGGAUUAGUUUAUCCACCAACUAAUAAGUGUGAAAAGUUGCCGUAUAUUUUCUUUACCCAAAAUGGGAAACAAAUUGGGAAAGCAAUUUUGUUGAAAGAAAAUUUUGACACUUAUGAACCGAAUGUCUGGACUAGAUGUUGCUCUGUAGAAGCAAAUUUUGGUAAUGAUUUGGAAGCUAAGCCUUUUUGUUAUGACAUUACAAAACAUUUUGUGAUUAAAGAAUUUUAUGAAGACUCUGAUGUUGAUUGAAUUUAAAUAUGAAUAUUUUGAGGAAGGUAUAAGGAAUUUAAAAUGCUUAAAGUUUAAUUGAUUUAUGACA